AGACAGUAUCAGGGGCCCUCACCACAAGCACCAGUUGGUGUCCGAUGUUCAGUGCCACUCCCCCACUUGAGAGGUUAGGAUGUACAGCUCCGCGCCGCUUCUAAGACAUCGCCUCCCAGCGUACAUUUCAUUACAAUGUACUAACUUCAGGAGUGUACUAAAAGCUGAGGGCGUCCAUAGAUCAUCUGUCCAGAGCAAAUUUCGCUGUUUUUGUGAUGGGACGAGCUGGCCUGGGCGCUGUGACGUGUUGGUGGCCGGGGGAGGCGCCGUGGGGUCCUCAGUCGCCUACCACCUGAAGGAGCGAGCUGGUGGAGACCUCAGCGUAGUGGUCGUCGAACGUGACUCUACUUACAAACAAGCCUCCACUGUCCUGUCCCUCGGGAACAUCCGUCAGCAGUUCAGCGUGGCUGAGAACAUCCAAUUGUCGAUGACCAGCAUGAGGUUCCUGCAGGAGGCAGACCGCUUGCUGGCGGUGGAGGGCGCAGAGCCGCCCAACCUCCGGUUCACACCCCGUGGCUACCUCUUUCCCGCUCUCCACGAUGGCGUCGAGCAGAUGAAGGAGAAUUACAGACUGCAGACGGAGCUGGGAGCGGAGGUGGAGUGGCUCUGGCCUCGUCAACUGCAACAAAAAUUCCCCUGGUUGCAAGUAGGAAAUGUGGCGGCGGCUGUCAUAGGCACCAACAACGAAGGAUGGUUUGACCCUUGGAGUCUACUGAUGGGACUGCGGCGGAAGGCGAUGUCGCUUGGGGCACUGUAUGUGACCGGGGCAGUGACGGACCUCCAGCCCCACCACCACCAGCCUGCCCGUGAUCAUAGCCAAGUACCACAUAACACCCUAACCACCGCCACGGUGACUCUGGCCAAUGGGGAGACCCGAGAGAUACAAUUCUCAACGUUGGUGGUGUCGGCGGGGGCGUGGUCCGGCGCCCUGGGGCGCCUGGCGGGCGUGGGUGACGGGCCGGGAGCCCUGGCCACGCCCAUACCUGUGGAGCCAAGAAAACGAUACGUCUACUGUGUGCAUGCCCCGGACGGUCCGUGGGACGGCUGUCCUAUAUUCAACGACUACACUGGGGUGUACUUUCGACCGGAAGGCAGCAAGAGUGGGCGACUCUACCUAUGUGGCAAGUCCCCGACAGAGGUCGACGAACCGCCCACGGACGACCUGGAGGUUGACCAUCAGUUCUUUGACACAGAUGUAUGGCCAGUGCUGGUUCAGAGAGUACCAGCCUUUGGAAACUUGAAGGUCCGCAGUGCCUAUGCUGGCUACUACGACUUCAACACCUUCGACCAGAAUCUCAUCAUUGGCUUCCACCCGGUUCUUACCAAUGUGUGUAUAGCCACAGGACUCACCGGCCACGGUAUUCAGCAAUCAAUAGCCGUGGGUCGGGCAGCAAUGGAGUACAUAUUAGAUGGCAAAUCGAAAUCCAUUAACCUUGAGAGAUUUGGGUUUGAAAGAAUCCUAGAAAAUAGGCCUCUCAAGGAAAAGAUGGUCAUGUAGGCCUACUAGCCUACAGUCCUUCCAAUAUAAAAUGUCAUGUAGGCCUACUAGCCUAAAGUCCUUCCAAUAUAAAAUGUCAUGUAGGCCUACUAGCCUACAGUCCUUCCAAUAUAAAAUGUCAUGUAGGCCUACUAGCCUACAGUCUUCCAAUAUAAAAUGUCAUGUAGGCCUACUAGCCUACAGUCCUUCCAAUAUAAAAUGUCAUGUAGGCCUCCUAGCCUAUAGUCUUCCAAUAUAAGAGGGUCAUGUAGGCAGCCUCUUAACAUAUUGGUCUUCCACAAUGCAGGCCUUCUAGCCAAAUUGUUGACUAGUCAAGAUAUAAAAUCUUGCAUAUUUAAAUGAAUUCUUGUUGAAUUCAGCCAAGAAAGAUUUGUUGUUAUUAGUAAAAAUUAGAAGAAAUCUUUUUAUUGUAUUCACAUUUUCCAUGAAGCACCUGAUCUAGCUGUAUGAUGAAACUGUCAACAAACUACCUGUCAGUAAACUAUUAUUAAAGCGAUGAGCAAGUGAGCUGGUAGUCUCACUUCACCAUCUUGGGGUACAGAAAUUUCAAAAUGUGUACAAUGUUUUACAUAACUUGAUAAAUUCUAUCAUGUUUAAAUAAAUUUAGUGUAUUA